CGUAAAUAUUUCAUCUUUUGAGGACACAUCACUCCGCUCCUCGUGAUGCUUUGUGCUUCAUUGUCGUUUGACGAACAUCUUUACAUUUUCGCCUAAUGCAUUGAAAAAAAAAAAAAAAAAGAAAAAAAAAAGAAAAAAAGAAAAAAAAAGAAAAAAAAAUAAAAAAAAAAGAAAAGAAAAGAAAAAAAACCUAAAAAUAUCUUCACAGAACUUAAAUACACGCGUUGACUAAGUAAAAAAUGCACACAUUGCUCUUCGUUGAUUAUCACUUGUUUUGCUAUAAUAAAAUAAAAAUUUCCAUGCCUACACUGUCAUAAAGUUCAUUCCUAUAAACGAGUAAAUGAUUAUGAUCAUAUUUCUAUGAUUCAAAUUAAAAACUAAAGACAGCAAAUAGAACAUACAGCCAUCCCAAACAAAUGAUGAUACAAAUGGUGAAACAUCUCCACGUAACGAAGUACCUUCGCUGACUGUGACACUGCCUGCCAUACAAGGAGGUAUGCUUGGUCAUUCCAACAACGCAUCUAUGGCCCAGGCUACUGUUACAACUAGAAUGGCCGAGGUUGAAGAAAUACCACCACCAAAACCAGAUUUUUCAGCGCCACCUCCUUACGAGGUAGCUACAAAACUACCUAGCUAUGAAGAAGUACAACGUGAAAAAACAUUACAAGGAGAACCUCAUCCUCAAAUACACAUGCCUGGUAGUAUUAGACCUCAACAACAACCACUGACAAUUCUUGCUAUAGACACAGAGGCUGCAGAAGGAGAUCCAGAAAGCGGAUUGCUUGGCACUGAUUUCAUGUUUUUUACUGCAUUCUUGGUUGCUUUCUUAUUCAACUGGAUUGGAUUUCUUCUUUUGAUGUGCUUCUGUCAUACAAUUGCUUCUCGUUAUGGAGCAUUAUCUGGUUUUGGCCUUUCAUUGACAAAAUGGACAUUGAUUGUUAAACAUUCUACUGAUCUUGCUUCGCGAGAAAACUCAUGGCUAUGGUGGUUGAUAAUGGCAUUUGGUAUUCUAAUUUGUGUACGCGCCAUCAUCCAAUAUUUGAAUAUUAAACGUGGAUGGAGACUACUCUCUGGUAGUGCGCAGGAACGCUUAUUGUUUUUCUAUUAAGUUUUUAAAUAUGCACUUUUACCCAUCUUGGCUUUAGAAAAAAAAGCAGCAUUUCUAUUUGGGGUUGUAUUUGUAUAAUAUAUAAUCGACACCCAUUAAAAUCAAUACUUUAUAUAGCUCUUAUAUUAAUCAAUCGUAAUAAACUAGUACAGAAAAAUUUUCAAAAUAAUUUGCCAAGUACACUUCUUAGCAAGAAUAAUAAAUAAGUGUAAUAAGGCAAAUUAAUAAAGCAAGGAAGUCAAAGAAAAAUUAGUUUGCGCACACUACCCAUUGUUAUAAAGUAGAAAAAAAUCUGUACAUUUUUAUUGUUCAAGUAGCACAUACAAUGCUUAAAAAGACAAAUUAUUUGUGCAUUGUUUUGUGCAAUAUUGUCCAAGAUAUCAAUAGAUAAAUAUGUGCUAUAAAUAAAAGUAUUUCUCAUAAGUAUGAUAUUAUGAGUGAAAGAAUUGUUUAAUGGCCGAAAUGUAUGAGGAUUGCUUAGAAAGAAAUAUUGAAAAAAUAAAAAAUAUUAUUAAGUAUAGAGGGAAAAA